CGAAGUGUUCCGUCGCCUCGUCGAGAGAGAGCCUGUUUUAUUUUUUUUUGGGUUUUAUUUUUUGUUCUUCUCCCUCUCCUCCCACUCCGAGCAUACACACAUAACAGAGAAACGUUCCGAUGGUUUAGAUCCGUCCCUUGCUGUUAGUAUUCUGGAGAACUUGUACCACCGCCGUGUGAAAUCUCCACCGCCACCGGUCCACGCCGUCGCCGCCCCCGGUUACGUUUCCUUGCCAGAGAGAAAGGGGAGGGAAAAUAAAUAAAUAAAUAAAAACGAUUUGAAAGCGACACAGAAAUGGCCCCCCUCGGCCCCUACAAGCUCGUCACCGUGAACAACGCGCCCGAGCGCGCGAAGAGACUGAUCGGCCGCGUGGUCGAGACGGUGAAGGACAGGUACACCAUCGUCCACGCGUCAAACAUUGAAUCACCCGACCCGGAAGGCGUGAAGAAGGUCGUCUCGGAGAUUCAGCCUGACGUUCUUUUCACGGCGUCGAUGUGGACGCCGGAGGAGUCGCUGCGCGCUCGCAAGGCCGCGCUGGAGGUCAAGCCGGACAUCAAGACCUUUGCGCUGCCCCAGGGCCUGCAGGUCAACCGCGGACCGGACGCCGUCGUGGAGUUCAUCGUCGAGAACCUGCCCGGAAUCAUCGAGGGGGACUUGGGCGUGCUGAAAGAGUAGUCUGACAGUUGGUUUCUUUGCUCAAGUUUGAACAUAUAAAAAAAAGUUCGAUGGUCGCUUGGCAUUUCCUCGUCCUAACAUGGUGUCGCUUGCCGUGGAGAACGAUUCGAGGGUGAUGAAAUAGCGCUCAUGAUAGAAUAAUGAAAAAAAAGAUGUGAAGAAAUUUGGCUUUUGCAA